ACUAGGCAAAUUUGCAGAUGAGAGGUAACCCAUGGCAACCAAUCCAAUUGUUGCAUUCAUUCUUUUACCUGUAGCUGGCUGAAGAAAGCCAGACACUGAUUGGUUGCUAUAAGUUACUGCCCAUGGGCGGAUUUGCCCAGUGCUCUGAGGUAAAUAUCAACAUUUCCCACAAUGCCAAUCAACCAUCUCUCAUCCCAAAUUUACUACUAAUCAUCCCACUACAUCGUUCAUGCGCGCCCAGCGUCUAGUCAAGGUCACGUGUGAGAACGGACGUCCAUGUAAGGCUCUUGUCAGUCAAGGCCACGCCCUGCUGUGACGUUCGCCCGGUACCUGCUCCCAUCAAGCGGCUAGCACUGGGAGGGAUCACUGAGAGCAAUAGCCGGAGCCGUGUGAGUAACAUAUUCCAGAGAGGGAACAGCUGUCACGGUUGAAAGAAAGGAUUAAACGGGAGAUGAGUUCCUUCAGCAUUCUAACGUUUGGCCAGCAGCUGUUCCGGCGCAAAGUUGUGGGAUCUGACAGCAAGGAGAGCAGGUUAUCCCGAUGCCUUAACACAUUAGACUUGGUUGCUUUAGGUGUAGGGAGCACGCUUGGGGCCGGAGUUUACAUAUUGGCUGGAGCAGUAGCAAGAGAGAAUGCCGGGCCUGCUAUCGUUCUCUGUUUCCUCAUCGCUGCAUCAGCUUCUGUUCUUGCUGGACUUUGUUACGGAGAGUUUGGGGCAAGAGUUCCAAAGACUGGAUCUGCCUACCUAUACAGUUAUGUUACAGUUGGGGAAUUCUUGGCCUUUGUUACAGGGUGGAAUUUAAUACUCUCUUAUGUAAUCGGAACAUCCAGCGUGGCUCGUGCCUGGAGUGCGACAUUUGAUGACCUUAUUGGUAAACGGAUAGAAGCGUACUGCCUGACGCACAUGUCGAUGGAUUUACCAGGGGUGCUGGCCAAGUAUCCAGACAUAUUUUCUGUCCUCAUAAUACUGGUAUUAACAGGCCUUUUAUCUUUUGGCGUGAAAGAAUCUGCUCUAGUGAACAAGGUUUUUACAUGCGUCAAUGUCCUUGUUUUGGGAUUUGUCAUCAUCUCUGGCUUUGUGAAAGGGUCCUUUAAAAACUGGCAACUCUCAGAAAGUGACUUCAAUAUUACAAAUGUGACAGAUUUUACCAAUGGAACGAAGGAGCAGGAUAUGAACUAUGGUGCUGGUGGAUUUAUGCCAUUUGGAUUUGCUGGGGUUCUCUCUGGGGCAGCCACGUGUUUCUAUGCCUUUGUAGGAUUUGACUGUAUUGCAACUACAGGGGAAGAAGUUAAAAACCCACAGAAAGCCAUUCCAAUAGGAAUAGUUGCUUCUCUCCUGAUCUGUUUUGUGGCAUACUUCGGGGUGUCCGCUGCACUGACACUUAUGAUGCCAUAUUAUUUACUGGAUAAAGAUAGCCCCUUACCUGUGGCGUUUAACUAUGUUGGAUGGAAUGGUGCAAGGUACGCAGUUGCUGUUGGAUCCCUUUGUGCCCUAUCAACAAGUCUUCUUGGAUCCAUGUUUCCUAUGCCUCGAGUGAUCUUUGCAAUGGCAGAUGACGGGUUACUCUUUAAGUUUCUGGCCCAAGUCAGUGAAAAAACCAAAACUCCAGUAAUAGCAACUCUAACGUCUGGAUCUGUGGCAGCUCUGAUGGCACUUCUCUUUGAUUUGAAAGACUUAGUAGAUCUGAUGUCUAUCGGGACCCUGCUCGCGUACUCUUUGGUUGCUGCCUGUGUCUUGGUGCUAAGAUAUCAGCCAGACCAGCCUAACAUGGCAUACCAGAUGGCAAGCACCCAUGAUGACUCCAUUGAACCUGCAGAAACACCGGAAGGUUCCCAAGUUGGUAUUGUAGUGGAGGACAAAGUAACUCUCUCGUUGCUACUGUUUAACAAGAACAGUGAACCUUCCAGAUCAUCUGGCUUUAUCGUGAACGUGUCCGCUGCAAUUAUUGGUUUGCUGAUUAUCAUCUUUUGCUGCCUAACAGUCUUGGGCCAGAAAUUAAUGCUGAGUGGAGAUCCUUUGGUUCUUGUUCUAAUUGCUGUCAGUGUACUCUUGGGUCUGUUCCUCACCAUUGUUAUUUGGCGACAGCCUGAAAGCAAAACAAAGCUCUCCUUCAAAGUACCAUUGCUUCCGGUACUUCCCAUCUUGAGCAUUUUAGUAAACGUUUAUCUGAUGAUGCAGCUAGACAAGGGAACAUGGAUCCGAUUUACAGUUUGGAUGGUAAUAGGGUUGUUCAUAUACUUUGUUUAUGGCAUGUGGCAUAGCAGCGAGGCGGCAAGCUCUGAAACCUUAAGCGUUCCUAAUUACCGCCAGUCUGGGGAUGUGCCCGCCGACGACACUGAGAAGCAAGUAAUGCUUAAGGGUUCGUCUACAGAAAACUCAAUCACGUGGGAGAUAACAGGGGAAGACUGAUUCCUUUUCUACCAUGCUGCUCCAAUGCUGCAAAGUCAAAGCGCUCGCCUCCAAGCUUCUAACUGGUAACCUUAUUGCAGUUGAAUCUGCUGGAUACGUCAUUACCAGUUGCUUAUCAAUGCUGCUAAUAACUUGUAUAACUCAAUAUUGGCACUACACAAGAAGCAGCCCUAUAAUGCUGAAAUCUAUAGAAAACCCCAACAAAGAAACUGGACAACUUUAAUAUCUAUAGCAAAACUGCAGUUGGCCAAACUAUACUUAAAUAUUGCUUCAUUUUUCUUUCUUGGUACACCGCCAAUGAAAAAGUUUAUCUGAACGUAACAGAACAUACACACGGCCUGCUACCUAUUUAUUUAUUUUUUUCUGCUGCAGUUCAUUGGUGUCCGAACCAAUGAAUUCAUGUUAUUUUGCAACAAAAUGUCACCUGUUUGAAAAUGGGUAUUUUUAGAAGAACCAAUACCUUUUUAACUUAUUUUUUUGAUAUAUAAAAAUAUUUACGUGCAGGGCACUGAAAAUA